GAGAGCCAUUAUCAAUUUUUUUGAUUACACACCACCAGGCGUCCAGGCUCCUCCUCCUCCUCCUCUCAAUCUGCGAAUCUUCUUCUUCUUCUUCUUCUUCUUCUUCUUCUUCCACAAAAGCGAUUCGAUUCGCACCAUCGAUUAGGGUUUACUAGACCUGAUUUCUAUCUACCAUCUCCCUUCCUUCUUUCCGUCGAUUGGAUUGUUAUUCAAUGCCUGCUGCUACCGAAGAACCCUAGCCCCCCACUCCUAAUCUUCUCCUGGCUUCUUCACUUGGAGAGACUUAGAUUGAUUCCUCAUCUCUAUCGUCUUUCCCCCCCUGAUGGCUCCCAGCCGCAAGAAAGGCGGUGGUAAGGCUGCCGCGGCUGCAUCUGCUCGCCGUCAGUGGAAGGUUGGCGAUCUCGUGCUUGCCAAACUCAAAGGCUUUCCUGCUUGGCCUGCCGCGGUUAGCGAACCAGAAAAGUGGGGCUACUCAACGGAUAAGAAGAAAGUACUGGUUCACUUUUUCGGCACUCAGCAGAUAGCUUUCUGCAAUCCUGCUGAUGUUGAAUCAUUCACGGAGGAGAAGAAGCAAUCGCUCUUGACAAAACGCCAUGCGAAAGGUUCAGAUUUUGUCCGUGCGGUUAAAGAGAUUACAGAGAGUUACGAGAAGCUGAAACAGCUGGACGAAUCUAAUGGUCCGAAAUCUGCUGAAGAAACAACUGUUGGAAGUUCUGGGAAUACUAUAGAGCUGCCCCAGGCCAGUGAAAAUCUAGCUGGUACAAGACUUGAUACACAAAUAGAAUCAUCUAGUAAUGGUAGAGAUGAAACGACUCUUCUCAGCGAGGAUGCUUCAGCUGCUGAACAAAUGCUCGCUCUGCGUCAUAAUAGUCUUGCUCGUAAUGGAGCCUGUGAUAAUGCAGCAGCCAAAGAUCUGUGUGAGAUAGCUACACAUUCUUCAAAAAGGAGAAAUGAACGGGCGCGGUCUCAGAAAUGUGCUCCACAGAAAAUAGUAUUAUCGGUUCAGCACUCUAAAAUCACGUCAAGGUUGGAAUUCGAUAGGCUUCAAAGGUCCAUGCGUCAAUGCAGUGAUGGUGGCCAAAGUGUAGAUGAUAUAGAUGAUGGAACUAUAGGAAGGAGAAAGAGGAUCCGAAGGUCAGGUCAUUCUGAAUCUGAUGAUAUGGUUUCAUCAGCUCAAAAGUUGCACGGAUCCGAUGAAGAGAACGCCUCUGAAAUUGCUACGGGUGAGUCUGACAAUAAUAGUAGGAAUAAGGGUAAUGGUGUGGACUCUGGUUCCAAAGUUGAGCAUUCUGAUGCUGUUGGUGAGGGGUGCGACGGAGAUCAUGAGCUCAGCAAAGGGCUUGAUUUCCAAAUUACUACCAUGGUAAAGAGGAGGAAGAGGAAGCCUACCAGAAAACGGGAGUCCAGUGAGCUUGUUGACGCUCCUACUAAAGUUGAAGCAGAAGAAGGUUUUGGGACCAAGGCGUGUGAUAGCUGCCAGGGAUCUCAAAAUUCUCAUGAAACGCUGAAUGAGAGGCCCUGUGCAGAGAAUGGUGAUGAACACUUGCCUCUGGUAAAACGAGCCAGAGUCCGAAUGAGUAGAGCUUUUUAUGCUGAUGAAAAGGCCAAUGCCUCUUCCCAGUUCGAAGAUAGAUCAUCCAAAGACACUCCAACAAGUGCAGCCAUGCAAACAAGCCCCUCGGUUAAUCAUGAUAAUGAUAUUGUACCUGUUCAUGAUACUUCUACGGCCAAAGAAUAUAACAACUUUGAGUUAUCUGGUAAGCUCCCGGGUGAUAUGGUUGAUGAAGUGCCUUCUCAUAUGGGCAAACCUUCUGGCAGAAUGUCUCCGUCAAUGUCAUGUGUUCGGACCGAAGGAGAUAAACAAACUGCUAUGGAGUUACAUGAGAACUUAUUUAGCAUGACGCCAGAUGAUGAAGUAACUCGAGCACUGGCUAAUAAACUUGGCAGUUCGCUAGAAGGGAACACUCGUGUAUCUGAAGGUUUUCAGGGUUGUUCGGAGGAGUCACAAACCAUAAACUGUUCAAAUGUUGAGUCCGAUCCUAUUGACAUGCAAUGCACACGUCAAAGUGAGAACAACGGAACCCCUUUGAAUCCUGAUACAGUGGACUCAUCUGUAAAUAAUCCUCCGAGUUUAUGCUCGGGUUUGGAUAUGACAGCGUCAUGGGUACCUGCUCAGUCUCCUCAUCAACACCAAAGCCAGGAUCAUGAUUCUUGUGACCAUACAUUGGUCGCUGUUGAAGAUUCUUCCCUUAAAGAAAAAUGUGAGAAUAUUGAUAAUGUGACUCAGGGUGUUCAGUCCCAAGUUGUAGAACAUUCUCCACCGUUCUGUUCAGUGGUCAAUAAUCAGGCGGCUGAAAAUACUUUACUGGAAACAAAACAAGGAAGUGUGGGUAAAGAACUUGAUAGUGGCAAACAAGCUCAGAUAAUGCAGAAUCCAGCCCCCUCUGUUACUGGAAGUUAUAUGAUGGAGAAAGAAGGGAAACCUCAGUAUGGAACGGUGCAUAGCCACUGUGAGGAUGCUGUGGAGAACAAAGAGCUGGAAAAAAGCUGUGAGGGGGAUGAGCAGAUCCAAGCCACCAAUUCUGUCUCAGUAUCUGAGAACCUUUCACGAGAAAAAAUGAGUCUAUCUCCUGACUCUCCUGCAAGGGGGACUCCACAUGGCAACUCUGUUUGCCCUAUGUCUACAGUAGAAAGUGCAAAUUGUAUGCAGAAUAACAGUAAUUGUAGCACCAGUGGCGAGAAAAAAACUAUCAGUAUGUCCGUGUGCAUUGGCAGCUGUGAGGCGUAUGAGCAGAUCCAAGCCACUAAUUCUGUCUCAGUAUCUGAGAACCUUUCACGUGAAAAAAUGAGUCUAUCUCCUGACUCUCCUGCAAGGGGGACUCCACAUGGCAACUCUGUUUGCCCUAUGUCUACAGUAGAAAGUGCAAAUGGUAUGCAGAACAACAGUAAUUGUAGCACCAAUGGCGAGAAAAAGACUAUCAGUGAUGACACAGUCAAGGAAGAAAGAAGGGUUGAAAUAAGUGUAACUCAGGUGAAGAAAAAUGUUAGUUCCGAUGUGCAAUUCACGAUUGAAUCUUUUGAGACCGCACUUGCCUCUUUGGUGAGGACAAAGGAGACCAUUGGCCGCGCAACUCGUUUAGCUAUGGACUUGGUGAAAUUUGGUAUGUCGGCCAAGGCCAUGGAAAUUCUUGCUCAUACUUUGGAAAGCGAGUCAAACUUACAAAGGAGGGUGGACUUAUUUUUCCUUGUGGAUUCUAUUGCUCAGUGUUCCAAAGGUCUGAGUGGUGAUGCUGGCGGUGUUUAUCUUUCAUCCAUUCAAGUUAUGCUGCCUCGCCUGUUGGCUGCUGCUGUCCCAGCUGGAGCUACCACACAAGAAAACCGGAGACAGUGCUUGAAGGUUUUGAGGCUGUGGCUGGAAAGAAGGAUCCUUCCUGAAUCUAUUGUUCGUCACCAUAUAAGAGAACUUGAUUCACAUAGUAAUGUUCCUGCUUGCCUCUAUUCUCGGCGCUCAGCUCGAACAGAAAGGGCGCUGGAUGACCCCGUCAGAGACAUGGAGGGUAUGCUCGUGGAUGAAUAUGGAAGUAAUUCAACUCUCCAGCUUCAUGGAUUGUGCAUGCCUGCAAUGCUUAAGGUUGAAGACGAAGGAAGUGACUCGGAUGGGGGUGAAUUUGAGCCUGUCACUCCUGAACACGAGUCCAGAAUUUUAGAAGAACAUGUCACACCUUCCGUUACUGAAAGGCAUACUCGUAUACUUGAAGAUGUUGACGGCGAGCUUGAAAUGGAAGACGUGGCUCCACCUUGGGAAGUUGGAAGUAGGGCAAACCCCACUGAUCAAGCUGAUAAUACAAAGUCUGCAUAUUGUCAGCCUGUCUCUGGCAGUUCAUAUCAGAAUGUGACCUCGUUAUCUCCACUAGCUCCCCCUUCACAGAAUGGCUUCGACUGCAGUGGAUAUCCCAGCAUGCCCGGAGAUCAUCAGGCACGGAUGAAUCCAUCUACGCACUGCCGAAGUCCUGAAUCAUCUUAUAGUACCCGUGCAUCUUUGUCAAAAAGCAUGCCACGCGGUGAGGGUUCUGACUUCCAGCAUAGGCCUUAUCCAUCACCUAAUCCCCCACCUCCGCCUUCACAUCACUAUUAUUCAUAUAUGGAGCCGGACAACCAUAUGACAGAAGGAGGUCCAUCAUACCCUCACGGAUCUCAUUACACAGGAGAUUUUGGUGAAAGGAAUUAUCAUGAUAGCCAUGAGAGCAUGAGGCAUGCACCAUAUGAGAGUCGAGACAAUUGGAGAUAUCAUCCGCCGCCUUCUCAUGGUCCACGAUAUCAGGACAGACACAAAGGCCAUUAUCAAUCCAGUGGCCAUCACCGUGACUCUGGAAGGUUUCAGAACCACAGGUGGAGUCAUCAUUCUCCGCGUGCAUAUAACAACAACAGACACUCUUUUCAGCAUAAACCACAUUCGGAAGGCCCUGUUCCAGUUCCAAUGAGAGAUCCGCAGGGAACAUGGCAUCAGAGGUGAGUUACAGACAGUACAGAUGGAGAUAGACGGGUAAGUCCUACGCGGGAGGUGCUUUGUCUGCUCUAAUAUGAAGAUAUUGGGCUAAGUAGGUUUAGGGAAGAAAGUGAGCUCGGCCGGAACAUAACUUGGCCACUUGUGAGAGAGAGAGGGAGAGAGAGAGAGAGAGAGAGAGAGAGAGAGAGAGAGAGAGAGAGAUGUAUUCAAGGCUUCUGUUUAGGGGCUUAAAUAGAGAAGAGAAGGAAAAAAGCACACUGUAAGUGUACAUAUGAUGUUGGAUGAUAUGUCGUUGCUAAAACCUCAAUUGAUAAAUUGAAUUCAAAGAGCAGUGAAUUGGAGAA